GUUUGUGUGUGUGUGUGUGUGUGUUUGGAUUCAUCCAUCUCUCCUUUUCGCACAGGUUUGAGCAACUGUGUUGCCGCUUGAGUGAAUGUCAUGUGUUCAUGUUUGUGCGUUUAUGGCUACGUGUUGGUGUUGGUGUGAGAGGUUGUGCAUACAUACGUUUGCUGUUGCAGUUUGUGUUACGUGUGCUUCUUAUUGUUGUUGUCACUUGCUACUCUGUUGGCGUGACCUUAGCUGCCCGAUACUAGACGCACUUUAUCUCCAGCAGUGCACGCACUCUUGUACAUACACAUACCCAUGUGCACUGUCUGUUGUUCAUUUUCCAUCUCCCCUUCCCCCCUUCCCCCCGUUCCCCCCUCAAGACCUGCGCUGCUGUGUGAUUGAUUGCUUGGCUCAAAACUAGAACGAGCCAGCUGUUACCUCUCCCUUCAAUACACAGAACAAACAACAGAGAA